AUGGAGACCAUCAAGACCACUCUCGCCGAGAACUUCGGCGGCAUUGCCCAGCAGGCUGUAGGCGAGGAACACCAGUGGUCCCUGGAGCAAUGCCCCGAUCUGUCCGGCAAAGUCGCUGUCGUGACAGGAGGCAGCGAAGGCAUUGGCUACGGCUGCACGCACACCCUCCUCUCGCACAACAUCGCCAAGCUGUACAUCCUGUCGAUGUCCAAAGACAUCGUAGACCAGGCCCUCGAUGCCAUCAAGGAGGAGAUGGGCGCCGAGGCCGCAGGCAAGGUCAAAUGGCUUCAGUGCGACCUCUCCGACUGGUCCAAGACUGGCGAGCUUGCAUUCGAGAUCGCGAAAGAGAACGACAGACUCGACAUCCUGAUCAACAAUGCGGGCCGCGGCAUCAUGACACGACAACUCGCCGCCAACGGCAUAGACCUCCACAUGGCCAUCAAUCACAUGGGCCACGUCGUGCUGACCUCGCAUCUGCUGCCGCUGAUGAAGAAGACCGCGGAGGCGGGCAAUACAGUCCGAAUCGUCAACCUGGGCUCAAACGCGCACCAAGGCGCGCCGAGCGACGUCAAGUUCGAAAGCGUCGAGGAGCUGAACAAGGACUACGGCCCCAACGCCCAAUACGGCCGCACAAAGCUGGCGGUCAUGCUUCACGCGCGGUACCUCGCCGACCACCUCUCGAGCAAGUACCCCAAGAUCCUCGCCAACGCCACACAUCCCGGUUUUGUCGAGACGCGGCAGUCAAGCGAGCACAUUCUCGAGGCGUUCCCGCUGGGCGGGUAUGCCAUGAAGUACGGCAUGGCUCCAUUCAAGAAGUCUCAAUUUGAGGGCGCCAUCAGCACAAUGUACGCCGCGACUACGACGGAGAAGACGGGACAGUACAUCUGCCCGCCUGCGAUACCGGAGCCGGGCAGUGAGAUGAGCCAGGAUAAGGAGCUGGGCGAGCGGUUGAUGAAGUUGACGAGGGAGGUGGUCAUGGAGAAGACGAGGGCGGAUAGCAAGGAGAAGGGGUGUCCGUUCCAGGAUUAUUAG